AUGAACGAAUCAGUAAUUGCUUGUAUGUUCACCUCAAAUGAAUCGCUACAUGAAGCGGACGGAACAUUUUCCAGAGCGAACGACUUUGAUGGAUGUCCACAGCGAAGGGCACAAUCCGUUCGUUUUUUGCUGAACGAAUAUAUAAUAGCGACUUACGAUGAUGAUAAUGAUAAAUUUAGUAAGGGCAAUGAUAACAGUGGUAAUAAAGACAAAGUGAUGAAGAAAUUAUAA